AUAAGUAUGGAACGAGAUUAUGCUCCACUGAGUACAGCGUGUGUCCGAGCGUUGAACGAUAAAAUGUAUGAUAAGAGAAAAGCAGCAGCUCUAGAAAUUGAAAAGAUGGUUAAAGAAUUUGCUGCUGUAAACAAUUCUAUGCAAAUACGACGGUUAUUAAAAGUAUUGGGGCAAGAUUUUGCAAUGUCUAAAAAUCCUAAUGCUAAAAAAGGAGGUUUAAUAGGACUUGCUGCCAUGGCUGUUGGAUUAGGAAAAGAUUCUGUAAAUUAUAUUGAUGAUUUAAUUAUACCUAUAUUGGUGAAUUUUAACGACUCAGAUUUAAAAGUCCGAUACUAUGCCAGUGAGUCACUAUAUAAUGUUUCUAAAGUGGCUCGUAGUGCUGUAUUAAAACAUUUUCCUGAUAUAUUUAAAUCAUUAAGUAAAUUAGCCACUGAUCCUGAUCAAAAUGUUAAAAAUGCCUCAGAGCUCCUUGAUCGUUUAAUGAAAGAUAUUGUUACUGAUCAUUCUAACAUUUUUGAUCUUAUUGGAUUUAUACCAUUGUUGAGAGAGCGCAUUUAUACAGACAAUACAUUUGCAAAACAAUUCAUAAUUUCAUGGAUUACGGUUUUGGAUGAUGUUCCAUCAAUUGAUUUAGUGAUAUAUUUACCAGAAAUUUUGGAUGGUUUAUUUAAAAUGUUGUCUGAUCCAACAUUUGAAAUAAAAAAAAUGUGUGAUGCUGUCUUGAAGAAAUUUUUACAGGACUUACAUCAAAAUCCUGAAAAAGUAGAAUACACCGAUAUGAUAAAUACUUUAGUAAUAUAUUCAUAUUCUACAGAUGAAUUUGUCCAGUAUACAGCAAUGUGUUGGAUAAAGGAAUUCAUUGACUUAUAUGGUUCAAAAAUCUUACCAUUUACAUCUAGUAUUUUAAAAGCUUCAAUGGCAUCUAAUUCAAACCAUGAUAAUGAGUCCCAAAUGCGUAUCAAACAAACUGCUAAAUUAGUCAAUUCAACAUUAAUGGAGCUUAUUAUUGGUGUAAAAGAUAUUACUGAUGAUUCAAAAGAAAGCACUGAAGGUGAAAAUCUAGACCUUGCAUCAGUUAUUACUGUUUUUACUAAAGAAUUAAGUGGAUCAGCAAUUGAGACUAAAAUAACAGUAUUAAAAUGGAUCUAUCAUUUAUUUAUUAAUUUACCUAAUAGAAUGAUUGUUCAUAUGGAAUCAAUAUUUCCAUUAUUGUUGUCAACAUUAUCAUAUCCUAAUGAAGAAGUUGUACAUAACAAUUUGAAAGUUAUUGCAAAAAUAAUUUCACCAUCAGCUGCUCAAACAAAUAAUAAACAUUAUUUUGAUAGUUUUAUUAUAAGUCUAUUAAAACAAUUCAGUUGUGAUCGAACGCUAUUGAAAGACCGUGGACAGUUUAUCAUAAGGCAAAUUUGUGGUUUAUUAAAUUCUAAUGAUAUUUAUCGUACAUUGUCUACAUUCUUGUUGGAUGAGGAGAAUAUGAAAUUUGCAUCUGUGAUGGUAGGAACAUUGAACACAAUAUUGUUGACAUCUCCUGAAUUGUAUGAUCUUCGUACUCAAUUGCGAGCUGUUGAAAAACAAGAAAACCGAGAAAUGUUUCUAUGUUUAUUUCGAACAUGGUGUCAUAAUCCAGUAGCUGCAGUUGCACUGUGUUUGCUUACUCAAAAUUAUCUGCUCGUCUGUAAGUUGUUACAAAAAUUUGCAUCAAUGGACAUUACUGUUGAUUUACUCGUUGAAGUAGAUAAAUUAAUCCAACUAUUGGAAUCACCAAUAUUUAUUUAUUUAAGAAUGGAGCUCUUAGAAGAACCAGUAAAUCAGUAUUUAAUUCAAGCGCUUUAUGGACUCCUCAUGAUAAUGCCACAAUCAGAUGCAUUUCAAUUACUGAGACACAGGUUAAAAUGUGUUCCUAAUUUAAGAAUAGGAUCAGAAAAGUCAAACUCUGAAAAAGUCAAGGUAGAUUUUAAAAAUGUAUUUGAUACAAAUACAAUGUUAAAUCAUUUUACUACGCUACAAGAGAAACAUAGAAAUUACCGAAUAACUUCUAAUGCACAACAGCUUGAUAAAGCUAUUUCUAAAAUUGAUAUAUAACAAUUAUAGCCUUACAUUUUAAAUCAUUAAUUAUUAUAUGCCAUUUUUAUUUUGUAAACAGAGAUAACCAAUGUGCUACUUGUAUACAUUGCAAAAUUGCGCUCAACAUUUUAAUUAGCUAAAAUAUGACUUUAUUGUUGUUAUUUGUUUUAGAAACAUCUUGAUGAUUGGG